AUUUUCUUUUCCGCUUCGCUUUUCUGCACCUUUACCCUAUUCUUUUUUAGUUCAGCAGAACAGCACAGGUAGUAUGGGCUCGCUGACAGAAGACAGCCCCAUCUGGAGCUCGCUGUCAAAGCGUGGCCAUAUCAAUAUUGCUGACGACAAACCCCUGCACCUCUACUACGAAAUAUUCGGAACCGGGGCAAAGAAAGUGGCGUUCAUUAACGGCAUGGGCGCAGACCGGCAGGUAUGGGAGAACGUUGUUGCAGAGUUCCUGGACCUGGAUGAUUACCAAAACUUCCUGGAAACGCUUGGAUGGGAAAAGGGAGUGAACAUCGUGGGUGUCAGCAUGGGCGGCAUGGUCGCGCUGGAGUUCGCCAGCAACUAUCCCCAGAUGGUAAAUACGCUGACCCUAGCAGUGACGAAUGCCGGUCUAUCUGUGCCGCCUCUACGGGGGAUCGUCGAUUCAGUCAGGGCAAACUUUAUCAGCAACCCGCUCGAGCGCUUCGAGGUCAUAUGUGGGACGCUGUAUCCGGAAUCGUACCUGAAGGCACCCGCGCCUGAAGAUACCAAUUGCAAAACUAUGAUGGACCUCUGCAUCCAGCGAGGGAUUCGCCGGGCCAAGUACACGAAGCCAAUGUCAAUUUGGUCGUUCUUUGGUCAGGUCGGCACCGUGCUCCGCCACUAUAACCUGGGCAAUCUGCUCCCUGACAAGCAGAUCCUGGACCAUAUGGUGCGCACAAGCAACUCAUCGGCCGUGAUCGUGUUCCGCUUUGAGCAGAUCGAGAACGCCGGACACGGCGUCACCAGCCAGUGCCCCGAUCGGUUCGCCAAGUCGAUCGAUACCAUGGUCAUGGAGGUGGCCCGUUGAGAGAGAAACCACAUAGCAUAUUUUGUUUUGCUUAAUCGACACUGUAGAAGAACCUAUUUUGUUUACUU